AUGGGGCUGGAGACCGCUGCCCACUCAGCCACCCUCCCGCAGGAACGGGGCGACCAGAGUGGGAAGAGGAGGCGCCCAGCCCUGGUCUCCAUGGCCCUUCCCCAGGGCCAGGCAGAUGGCAGUCUCCCCGCGGGGGACCCCAGCCCCUCUGAGGGCACCCCAGGGCCCAGCCGGGCCCCUGCCAGCCCAGCAGCCAACGGGCGGCGGGCACUGCUCAAGGAACUGGAGGCCCGGGUGCAGGCAGCCUACGGGCAGGACUCCAGGCCUGGCAUGGUUCGGGAGCCCAUGGGAAACUGUGCCAAACGGCCUCGACAUCGGGGGCCUAAGGAGCGCUGGCAGUGGCCCAGCUCCCCCCCAGGGCGCUCCCACCACAGCCCCGGCCCCGGCCCCGGCCCCGAGGAGCAGGGGGACCCUGGGCCGGGCAUCCAGGGUUACUCGGUGCUCAGCAGCCUGGUGGGGCCCGCCUGCAUCUUCCUGCGGCCCAGCAUCGCAGCCACCCAGCUCGACCGGGAGCUGCGGCCAGAGGAGAUCGAAGAGCUGCAGAUCGCCUUCCAGGAGUUUGACCGAGACCGUGACGGCUACAUCGGCUACCGGGAGCUGGGCGCCUGCAUGCGGACCCUGGGCUACAUGCCCACUGAGAUGGAACUCAUCGAGAUUUCACAGCAAAUCAGUGGCGGGAAGGUGGACUUUGAGGACUUCGUUGAGCUGAUGGGCCCCAAGCUGCUGGCGGAGACGGCAGACAUGAUCGGCGUCAGGGAGCUUCGAGAUGCCUUUCGGGAGUUCGACACCAACGGGGAUGGCCGCAUCAGCUUGGGUGAGCUGCGGGCAGCCCUCAAGGCCCUGCUGGGGGAGCGCCUCAGCCAGCGGGAGGUGGACGAGGUCCUCCACGACAUUGACCUCAACGGGGACGGCCUGGUGGACUUUGAAGAUCCAGAAGACUCCCUUGUGGGCUCUGCCCUGGACCACACCUCCUCCCACCUCAAGGCCAAUAUAUUGGUCUCACCCCUACUGGGGUCCAGACUGCAGACCCGCAACCUUUGCUUUGUCCUGGUAGAGUUUGUGCGAAUGAUGUCUCGCUGA